CUCCCCGUCAGGUAGAUCAAAGGAUCAGUGAACCUCAUGUCACGGCUGUUAGUUUCUGCUGUGAUCCUGGCCGACACUCUGAGUUACCUUUAAUGCAAGAGUGUGUGAUGCAAACCCUGGCCUUUGAUAUCAGACUUAGCCCAAAAGGACACAUGUAAAACUCAAAUUAAUAAUAACCCAACAGUGCAGGUUAGACCAUAUGGUUUGGUGUUUUUACAAUCAGAUAACAUGUUCUUGUCGUUCUUUCUCGUUCUCUCCCCCUCUGUUUCUUUGUCUGUUUCUCUCCACUCAAACUGUUCACUCAUCACUAUACAUGCGUCCUCUCCAUCCUUGCGUACCUUGACUGGGUUCUGCUGGGGGAGGUGAACACAGGUUUAAACUCCUCCCAAGUGGUGGUGAAGGAACUGAAAGCCAGCAGCAGCGUGCAGGACCAGAUGCAUUUCCUGGAAGAAGCAAAGCCUUUCCGCUCCCUCCAGCACCCUGCUCUGCUGGCAUGUAUUGCCCAAUGCACAGAGAUCACUCCCUACCUACUGGUGAUGGAGUUCUGUCCUCUCGGAGAUGUGAAGGGUUACCUCCGAAGCUGCAGGACCGCAGAAGCCAUGACCCCGGAGCCCCUGCUUCUCCAGCGGAUGGCCUGUGACAUCGCCUCAGCGCUCUUACACAUGCACAAACACAACUUCGCGCACAGUGACCUGGCUUUGAGAAACUGCUUGUUGACGGCUGAUGUCUCCGUGAAGGUUGGAGAUUACGGCCUGUCCCAGAGCAAAUACAAGGAUGAUUACUUGGUCACAUCAGAUCAGAUGUACGUGCCGCUGCGUUGGAUCGCUCCAGAGCUGGUGGACGAGGUCCACGGAAACCUGCUGGUGGCCGACCAGACCCAGCAGAGCAACAUGUGGUCUCUGGGUGUGACCAUCUGGGAGCUGUUUGAGCUGGGCAACCAGCCCUACAGACACUACUCUGACAGACAGGUCCUGACGUACACUGUGAGGGAGCAGCAGCUGCGACUGGCCAUGCCUCUGCUCAAAGUGCCGCUGGCCGAACGCUGGUAUGAGGUGAUGCAGUUCUGUUGGCUCCAACCUGACCAGAGACCUACUGCAGAGGAAGUCCACCUGCUGCUCAGCUACCUGUGUGCCAAGGGGGCCAGUGAGGCCGAAGAGGACUUUGAGAGGCGAUGGAACUCCCUGCGCCCCAACACCGUAUUCAACAGCCACCGAUGUGCCCUGGCAAUGUCACAAACCCACCCCUCCUCAACCUCCUCAUCUUUCCCUCUCCUUGAGCAAUUUUCAGCUGCUGAUGGCUACCACUCUGAGUCUGGAGAUGAUAUACUAACUGUCACUGAGACCAGCCACGGCCUAAACUUUGAGUACAAAUGGGAACAAGCCAGAGCAAACCAGUCGUAUAGAGCCCCGGACUCUUCUGGUGCCUUGAGUCAGGUCAACCAUCAUUAUCAGGAAGCAUUUUACCCACCCGGGGGCAUUGUGGGAGGCUGCCCCAUGGAGAGAAGCCACGGAGUUUCUCCUUACUACCAAUCCAAACAUCUGCAUGCUCCAGGCGUACUCCCCGUUCUUAGUGCCCAUAGCCCCUCAGUAAACAGUGAAUACUACAUCCGCAUUGAAGAGCCAGUAGACUGUAACAUUGAUCUGGACUACACCAUGUGCUCCUACAGCCCAGACUACCAGGGCAGCAGUGGGAGCUUUCUGACAGGAAGUGCAGACUCAGGUGAGUGCAUUUGCCCGUCACAGGGCAACAACAUGGAUCCCUAUUGGUCAGCAGAUAUCAAUAAGUCUGAUAUGUACGACUCAAAUGACUCAAGUCCUGCCAUCUCCCUGACAAUGGAGCCCCUUUUAGGGCAAGUUCUGGACAAUAGCCCACUGCAACCCUGGGAGUCUAGUCACUACGUGUCCUAUAAAGACAGAGAUGGGGGUUACUAUUAUGAGCACUCACCGCCAUUGGGGAUGGAUCACUAUCUUAUUGGACAUGAGUCCUCCAGUGAGCGCCAUCAGGAAAGCUGGGGGUCAAGGAGCCUGCGCCAGGCAUUGGGGGAGUUUGAUAACCCGCUAGGUGUAGCCCCCGUCGUAGGCAGUGCACCUCAACAGGCCUACAGAGACCCAUAUCUGAACACAAGUCAGAACUCCAUCAUAGGAAAGAACAUGACAGGGGGCUACUACGACAUGAUGGGCUCCCUGAGGAAGACGAUGCCCAGCCACACCAGGCAUAACAGCCACUCUGUCAGUAUUAAUAUGGAGACAGAGGGGGCACUCUUCAUCGGGCACAGAGACAGUGACACAGAGGAGGAAGAAGAAGAGGACAUAUUUGUUGAGAGACACACCUGCAACACUUGGCCUUCAAAACACCGCCACAGCAGUCACCAAAGACGCGCUAGCCACAGCUGCAGACAGGAUGCUUACGUAGAUUUCCACUACACGAUGCCAAGUACAGAUAUUGAAGACUCCUGGCCGGAGGAGCAAAGCCUGGCCUUCCACUCGCUUCCCAAACACAUUGACUAUCUUGAGCCCCAACAGGUAAAAGAUAACAGUGCUUGCCUUAGCCUGAAUAAACAUCCCCCAAUGGUGCCAUCAGACAACUGCAACCCCUAUCUCUACCUGUGCCAUCAAAGUGAGACUCAGGUGCCGGCAUCUGGAGAGUGCUGCCACUCGCACUUUGUUGACCCGCUCACAGGCUUGCUAGUCAGGAACAACAGCUACAGUCACAGCUACACUCACAGCAGCUACAUCAGCGAUAAGGCCGUUGACACCCCAAGCAAUGACGAGAUGAUCAAUCUAUCACCAGCUCCAGGGGGUCCCAUUGUGGCCAAACCUGCGUUGAUGAAGAGUGAGGACAGAGAAGAGCAUUAUGUUGAUCUGACAACGGGUGAUUCACACUUCAAAGAAAAGAGGGAGGAUGUAAUCAAGGACAAUUCAAUCAUUCAAAGACAGACAGAACCUAUAGAGGAAGAAGUGAGCCUGGCAACGGCUAUAACCACUCCCCCUCCAGCUGACAACAUGCAUGUGAUGGUGGCCCUCACAGAUCCACAGUCUGAGAUUAGUCAAAAUGGUGACAGCGGUGUCGACCGAGGAGGCUCCAGUGUAAGUCUUGCUGACAUACUCGACUGCAGUGAUGACGAGGAUGAGGAUGACAACACUGACGAUAUCACUGACGUUACCUCAGGCAUCUUUGCAGAUGAUACCAGCGAGCUGAACGCCUCUCCCGCCUUCAAGUCGAUACAGAAGCAGGUAGGAACUCCCGAUUCCAUGGAUUCCAUGGAUCUGCCAUCUGCCGCCGGGUCUUGUGAAGGCUUCAGCCCUGCGUCCUCCCACCCUUCCAGCUCACCUAAAGCUAUGGACAGUGGCUAUGACACAGAAAAUAACGAAAGCCCUGAGUUUGUACUCAAAGAGCCCCAUGAACCCCGUGAACAACCGUUGGGGAAGCCCACUCUUGACGCAAGCCUUGAGGAGGAGGAGGAGGAGGAGGAGGAGGAGGGUCAUGGAGGAGAGGAUAAAGUAGUGCCCACAGAGGAUGAACCCUCAUUGGGGGAAGAUUUGGCCUCAGGAGCCUCACAGACUGGCGACCACAUCCUUUUACCACUUAGUGAUAAGACUCCGUACAGAGACUCUGCCUACUUUUCAGACUAUGAGAAUGAGAGGCUUUCUAGGGAUGACGUGGAACAACCUUCAGAGACAGUAAGGCAUGAAGAAAUGGUUGAAAAGGAACAGCACAUGGGAGAAAAGAAGGGUGAAAAAAGAAAAAAUGAGGAGGAUGAGGAAGAGCUGAGGGACAAUGUGAACAAAGACAUACAACUUGAAAUGGAACACACGUCAACAGGAGGAAUGGAUUCACCAACAGGGAUGGUUGCAUACUUGACAGUAGAGAGCGGUCUAGAUGAGGUAUUGGGGCUACCUCUGGAGUCUUCUGACAAUGCUUCAAUGGCAGAAGGUGGGCUGGACGAAUGGCCAUCUCAGGACGAGGGUUCAUCCUUAGGAGACUGGGCAGCAGAAGUUGUGGGGGCAAUGGAAGAGGCUAUCGGUGCCCUGAACGAAGAUUGUACCGCCACUGUCAAGGUAGAGGAGGAAGCCGAAGACUCGCCUCAAGAUUUAAAAACAACAGAAGAGCCAGAGAUCAAGACAAUUCACAACAGGCCAUCAGGGAUAUCCGGUGAAAUCCUUCACUCUUUACCCAAAGACGAGGUAGCCUUGCAGCACAGGGCAAACAUCAGGAGGUUUUCUUCAUCCUCUCCACCACCACCAUCCACUCCUCCCCUUCCAGUCCCUGACACAGAGGGCCACAGGUCUGGGGAAGAGGGGGAUGUGGAGGACGUGGACACCGAUGACAGCGACGAGUCGGAUGAGGAGCUGCGAAGCUACAGUGUGCAGGAACAGAGCGGAGGGGACGAGAGCGAUGACGAGUGCCACCCAGUGCCCAUCGUGGUGAGUGACAACAGCCAGGACCACAAACUGCGCAGCCUUCUGAAGCUGCCAACCCUGCUGACAUCAGAAAACCUGGACGAGGAGCUUGAAUACAAGAAGAAGACGGUGUCCUUUUUUGAUGAUGUCACUGUCUACCUAUUUGAUCAGGAAAGCCCGACUAAGGAGCUAGCUGAGCAUGGCUUCCCUUUAGGAUCAGAGGGACAGAGUUCACGGAGCAAAUCUCAUGAAAGGCUUAACGCCUCGGAUGACUCUUCAGAUGGGAACAUCUCGGAAGAGAGUGCAGGGUAUGAGUGGGAGGACGACUUCCCCCUGCUUCCUCUGCAAACAUCCUCAGCGGCAGCCGACUCCCCCCCACCACGCUCCAUCCCCAAAGCUCCGGAGCCCAAACCAUCCGUACAGUUCUCCCGCUUCACUGUCUCCCCCUCCACCGUGUCCCGCUUCUCCAUCACACACAUCUCGGACUCUGAUAUGGACUCUGUAGGAGGAAGCAGCGAGGAUGGGGACAAAGAAUAAUGACCUGUGGAUAAUUAUUGCCUCUCCGUGACAACAACUCGGCCUGCUAGCAUGACUUCUUAUUUAUUUCUUGACGUCAGGUUUUAGAAACACAAGACAGUGCCUCUUACCGCCUGCGGACACUUUUGAAAAGGUUGUGCUUACUGACCUAAGCUGUUUAGAACAAUGAAAAGAGAAUGGUUAAUAUAUACAAAAUUACAGAAUAUUAAUAUAUACUGUGUGUAUGAUGUAAACAGAUCUAUGAAAGCAGGGGAUACUUUGAUUGUACAUAUUUUUUCGGAUCAAAGAGACACAAUGGAAGGACAUACCUUUGGAAAGCAACACAUAUUCCACCUUUUUCACUUCUUAAUUUAUGACAGGAAGCAUUCAUGAGAGUGUGAAACCACCUGGACUUAGAGAAAAGAAACGUUGAACUGUGCAAACGGUCGCUUGGCAAAGACACCUCCACUUUUUGGCUUUUCAACAGAGGAUCAGCACUUUGAAGACUCUACAGCUCCACAGACUUUGUACUUUGUAGAAAAUUGAUUUGCUUGUCUUAAUAAAUAUCAACAAGAAUCCUUAAGGUAUCACAAGUAAUAUAAUGUUCAUAUUUGGGUUCAUUCAGAGACAAAGGGAAAAGAAAGCAGGAAGCAAUGGGAAUUUUGAUGGGUCAUGUCUGGUUUCAGAAUGUUUUUGUGUGGAAACAGCUGAUCAAACCUGAACAAUGUGAUAUUUUGUGACUAUUUAUUUUGUAUCAGGACCAUUACUGUACUCUUUAACAUACAUGUGGCUCAUUCUCUCUACCAAAUUGAAUGCCAGCACCGCCAUCACAACCAAUCCCUCCUGUUGUAAACAUCAAAAACACUAUCGUGACAAUAAGGAAAGAAGUCAUUUCAGACUUCACUAAUUAAACAGUUUUUUAUAAUAUAGCAAUGCAUGGUUUUAAGUAUAAGAAAACAUCAUCUUUAAACAUUAUUUUAUUAAAGACAAAAAGGGACCGUUUUUGGUUUUGUCUUUUAGUCUUGACACAUGGUCAUGGAAAUCCAUUUUCAUGUUACCUAUUGCUGCCAAAAACACAUUUUCAGCAAUAUUGAUGAUUCAUGAUAUGGACUGCUACAUGAUGGAUGAGUUCUCUAAUAGGGGCCAAUACGGGUGGGCAAUAUGUAUGAAAUCACAGCACAUGAAAUAUUAUAUUGCAGUUUUGUUAUACUGUACCUCCUGCAGAAGUACUUUUUGCAGAACUUUGAAUCGUGAGUCAAUAAAUAACUGUCUAGAUUAGAACAUCUGAAAAGUCAAGUUUCUUCGUCAUAUUGAUGCAAAGCUCCAGCUAAGCUAAAACAUAAUUCAUUUGAAACCACAGAUAUCAGGGGCAGUAGUUGUUUACUUAUGUAACAUAGUGACAUCACUACGUAACACUCUUGCUUCUAUUGGCUAAUGCUCCAACACAUGAUACGUGCUAGGCUAAGGGAAAGGAAGUUUCUAAGCGGUUGACCAAUGAGUCGUCUAGCUAAGCAAUCAGAGCAGACUGGGCUCUGGUUUCAGACAGAGGGUGAAAAGAGGUGCUGCAGCACAGGCAGUACGAGAAAAGAAAGGACCUUAUCAGAAUAUAGGCACAAAAUACAAUUAUCAAACCUGAAAAUAAGCAUAAAUGGACCCUUAAAAAGGAUAGAAGCUCUGUUUUUUAAAGUCAUCAUCAUAUUGCCCAGCCCUACAGGCCAAUUCAUUCAAAUACAAACUUGCACAACAAUAAUAAAAGCUGUUAAAUUCUUCUUUUGUCUGAACAAACAUGCUGUUACAUAAUGUAAAUCAGCACAUUAUACAUCUAGUGUGUUCCAGCUAUUGCUCAUUGCUACUGUCUCCUGCUUCUAUAUUGGCUACACUGACGUUGUUUGGAGCAGUUUUGUUCUAUGAUUUUGGUAUUAAGCUGAAAUAUUGACUCUUUUCAGAUUUGAAUGAAGAGUCACAAGAAAAACUUUUUACUAUGUGAAUUUUUCACAUAUAAAUCACAUCUGAUCAUCAAAUGUCAAACGGAAUGAGAUUUAAUUACACUUGAAAUAUUUAAAAAUAAACUUAUGGAGCCAUAUUGUAUUUAGGUGGGAUAGAUCAGUUAAGUGUUAAGUCUAAUGUGUCUGGUCAGCUUGUUAAAGGCAAUGGGGAACGAUGUCAUGAUCAUGAUAUGUUUCAAUGCUUUGCUUUCUGUGUGUGUUAAUGAUAGGAAGUGAAAUGGAAGGUGUGUUGAUGGGAUAUUGGAGCACACAGUGCUCUGUGAUCAACAUGUAGUGUCUUCUAGUGUUUGUUUGCAUAGAACCAUCUAGACAGCCGUCCGUAAUAUUUUUGUAUCUCGACAAGAAUACUUUUAAGAGUAUUGAUGUAAUGUACCAGUACAGGAGGGAGGAUUGAAAAAAACAAAAACAUGUCUCUUAUGUUUUAUUGUUGCCAAAGAGAUGUUGUGUUGUGGAUCAGGGGCAACAGAUGGGUUGUUUUUACCCCACAAUGGAGAUCAAGAGGCAGAGCAGGGGCUUUGGCCUGGUCGUAAAAAAGAACAUGCGAUGCCGUCAGUAACAUGUGCCCCCCCCCCCCACUGACCUGGUCAUAUCAUUACUUUCUGUACCUUCUAUCAAAUAUAAAUAAAGUCUGUU